UUGUCGCGGGGAAGCAGCGGCCGCCCUGUACCCGGAACAACAAAGCACGAAAGACGGAGCCCGAGCCUUGGGGGCUCCUAGCAACCGGCCGGGGCGGGAGUUCCAUGGAGACUGGGGAGCGCGCUCGCCUCAUCAUCAUCCUUAUCCUCCAGCUUAUCCUUCGCGUCCGCCGCAACCGGCAGCAGCGCUGCCGCCGCGUCCUCUGCCGCCGCCCGCUCUUCCCACGGAUGUGAUCUUCGUGGUGGGAAGCCAAGUUUUUAAACUACCCCAAUGGAUGCAGACAGUGAUGUUGCAUUGGACAUUCUAAUUACAAAUGUAGUCUGUGUUUUUAGAACAAGAUGCCAUUUGAACUUAAGGAAGAUUGCUUUAGAGGGAGCAAAUGUAAUUUAUAAGCGUGAUGUUGGAAAAGUAUUAAUGAAGCUUAGAAAGCCUAGAAUUACAGCUACAAUUUGGUCCUCAGGAAAAAUUAUUUGCACUGGAGCAACAAGUGAAGAAGAAGCUAAAUUUGGUGCCAGACGUUUAGCCCGUAGUCUCCAGAAACUAGGAUUUCAGGUAAUAUUUACAGAUUUUAAGGUUGUUAACGUUUUGGCAGUGUGUAACAUGCCAUUUGAAAUCCGUUUGCCAGAAUUCACAAAGAACAAUAGACCUCAUGCCAGUUAUGAACCUGAACUUCAUCCUGCUGUGUGCUAUCGGAUAAAAUCGCUAAGAGCUACAUUACAGAUUUUUUCAACAGGAAGUAUCACAGUAACAGGACCCAACGUAAAGGCUGUCGCUACCGCUGUGGAACAGAUUUACCCGUUCGUGUUUGAAAGCAGGAAAGAGAUUUUAUAAUUCACCACUUACUUGGUUAGAAUCCUUAACUGAGCACCUUUUAAAACCUGCUGCACAUUGGACUCACAAGGAAAACCGGACCAACAGUAACUGAGGAAAUAGACUCUUUUAUUCUUUCACGGCUACAGUGUAAGCUCAAGGCCCUUUGGAUUUUAUUUCAAACCUUGCUGUAAUAUAAAAAGGAAGUUUACAAGACAUGACGUUGCUGCUUUUACAAAAGGACAUUUCUAUUUAUUUUCGCAGUAAUUUCCAUGUCCCCACGAGCAGAGCUGUCUCCGUGUGCACUAGCGCAGAUUGUUUUGUUGUUGUCAUUAUUUUUUUUCCAGUUUGAGCUAAUGUGUUUUAUUUGUGAAUAGUCUUUUACAUUUUUGUAUGCUGAAUAUGGGCACCAAAGAACCUGUAAAAGUUAUCUUUUUCAAUUGAAUGUGCACAAAUAAAAGUUUGGAAAAGA